CGAAGGUGCAAAGCAAGGGCGAUUAGUGAGCAGCGGCAGUUGACAACGAUCAAUUCAGCGAUUUAGGUGAUGGAGAAGGACAGAGAACGAUGACUUCCUGCGGUGAUUGUACGAAAAUUUCAGCACCAAAUCCAACAAAUUCCAACGUCCAACAAUUGUUUGUCGGGUGCAUAUUGAGAUUUUUCCCAGGAAAAAAGGAGAGUUCCACAGUGUGACGAAGAAGGAAGCUGCAGUUUCGAAAUUUUCGUUCUCUGGACAAGCCUAGGGUUUCCAUCUUCGCCCUGGGAGCAUAGUUCUUAAAUGACCAGAACGAUGCACCACUUCUCUCCAUACCUUCAACCUUCAACGGAAGCAACCACGAAUCUAUCCAAAUCCUGUUUAAGAGAUACAAGUUCCUGAUCAAGAGAUACAAAGCAACCGCGAAUCUAUGGAUUUGCUUGUGACGCUUGGUAAAGCCCACUUGUUCUUUCCUUCAAAAUUUGAUUCUUUUAUUAAAGGGCGUAAGUAUACAAAUCCACUUGCAAUUUGUGUUGGGGAUGUUGAAGACAUACACAGAUAUGCCGUCAUUGAUCAUCUAAGACAUGCUUGCUCCACUCUCUCCUUAUUGGUCCUGGAAAUCUGGUGCUAAGCCGAGAAAAGGUGGAGAAAAUUCAGUAUUUAACUUCACUAUAUUUCGUAAAGGGUUGGAUCGUGCAAACUGUUCCUACGAGUUGCUUCAUAAAAGCUUGCCCGAAAAAUUGAGGGAAACACUUAGGACUUCACUUGGGUCAGAUUGGACUUUAAAUUAUAGCUCUACCACUUUUGAUCUUAAAUUAGAAGAUGGUUUGAUAAGUCAUGUCAAUAUCUUUCUUUCCAAAUGCACCUUCAGAAUUGAGAGCAUAUCCGGCCAUUCUGGAAAUACCUUUAUUAGGGCACGAUCCGGCCAUUCUGGAAAUGCACUUCUUCAACUUCAUCCAGGUGGCCGAACACGGAUGAAGCAGAUGGAUCCGGCCGUCGAUCCAGGUUUUGCCAGUGCCGCAAGUCGGUUGUUAUUUGGGUAUCAGAUAUCCUUGGAAGUUCCUUCUAUCUUUAUAGUGCUAGAGUUUACAAGUUGGAGUACAUGAACUCGAAGCAAGGUUAUGAAGAGCAGAGCAUUGGAGUGAUGGUGCCUUGGAGGUUUCUCUUUCCUAAGUUCAGAAUGUGCUCACAUAUAUCCUUGGAGGUUCCUUCUAUCAUUAUGGUGCUAGAGUUUACAAGUUUGAGUACAUGAACUGGAAGCAAGGUUAUGAAGAGCAAAAAAGAUGGUUCUUUCCCAGUAAAAGAAGCUUUCUCAUAGUCAAUAGUAGUAAGAAGCCAUUAAAUUGAGAUAGGUGACUUCUCUAUCCCUAGCUCUCACGCAUUUAUGAAGUAUGUCGUGCCUGAAACGCGAUAAACAUUUGUUAUUCCAUAGCCGUUAUAGAGCAUUACGUACGGUUAAAUAUGGCUUACUACGUAUUAGUAAUCCCUCUCUUCACAUAAAUGAGUCCUAUUUCAUUUUUCAUCAGCCAUCGGUAGGCUAAGAUAUAAAAACCAUAGGGCCUUAUCUU